AUGUCGUCCACUCAACUCUCCUUCUCUCUUCGUGUUUCCUCCGGUGUCAAGACCGUCCACCUUCUUGGCUCCUGGGACAACUACGUUGGACAGCUACCCCUGUCCAAGGACAAGUCUUCAUCCAAGUCCGGCUCAUGGAAGGGCACCUUUAAGUUUGGAGGUUCUACUCUGUCUGCUGGUCAGCGCUACUGGUACUACUACAUCAUCGACGGCUACCACGUCGCCCACAACCCCAGCGUUGCCUCAACAGUCGAGCCCACCACCGGUCGCGAGCUGAACAUUCUCGACGUUCCCUCGUCCGGCAAGUCAAGCAGCAGCAGCAGCAGCAAGUCUUCCAAGUCGUCUUCCUCCUCCAAGUCCUCUUCAAAGUCCUCCCACUCCUCGUCCCACUCUUCGUCUCGGAGCUCCCGCCGCAGUUCCAAGGACAAGGAGUCGAAGAGCAGCCGCAACCGUUCCUCGUCUCGCGACAUCCCCAAGGGCCGACCCCUCUCCAUCUCACAAAUCAAGGCCCCCAAGCCAACGUCGCCCCAUGCCACCCAGCACAUCUUGAAUGGCGACUACUGUGACGAGGACCUCGAGGAGCUCACCGCCCGCUUUGGCGCCGCCGGGUUCGACGAGGAGGAUAUCGUGACAGACUUCUCCAGCUCUCCCGUGUCGUCCAACGGCUCCAGCCUGUCCUACCGCUCCGACAGCUCCAGCCCCAACUCGUCCAUGUCGGGCUACAGCACUCCGGGCUCCGACGUCAGCACCUGCACCUGCGAGCGCUACGGCAUCACCCGCAAGGGCGACCGUGUCAAGAUCGACUGUGGCGGCGCCCGCUGCGGCUACGGCGACAGCUCCGAGUGCUCCGACUCGGAGGAGGAGGAGUCGGAAGACGAGGAGUACGCUCCCUCCAACAGCCGCCGCCACGGCAUGCUCGUUCGCUGA